AUGGCCGCCGCUCAAGUCUGCCCCGUGGUUGGCACCACAAACACGGUCCUCCCUCCCUCACACCCCGAGUUCGACAUGGACAAGCCUGGCCAGGUCUGCCCCGUCACCAAAGCCACCACAGACCAUCAUCACAACCUGCACAAGCACCCAGGUAUCUUCGACUCGAGCAACCAAGACCUCGCCAACGCCGACAACUGCCCUGCGCUCUCCAAGAUUGUCAGCCGUCCUGAGCAGCAGGCCAUGGACGAAGCCAUCUGCCCUGUUGUUGGUACCGUCUCGAGUGUCUUGCCUCCGAACCAUCCGUCGACGAGCAGCGCAAAAGAUGGUGAUGUCUGCCCCGUCACCAACGCCAAGUUCGAGCAUCACAAGGACAAGGUGCAUGAGCACCCCAGCCUUGAGACUGCCGCGAAGGGUGCGGUUUGUCCAGUGGUUGGAAGGAAGGCUUGA